GAACAGUUGCUUCCCCUAAGCUUAACUUCUUUCAUUCCACACAACAAACACAUAUCCACAACAGCUUCUUUCUCCCAAAAGAUGAAUAGCGGAGAGGAAAAUAGGAAAGCCAAGAAAGCAAAGGUGAGCGACGACUCAGAGCGUGAGAAGAGCGUGUACCUUGACGACAACGUUUUGUUUGAGGUGCUGAAGCACGUGGACUCGCGGUCGUUGGCUGUGGCUGGCUGCGUGAGCAAGCAGUGGAACAAAACCGCGCAGGACGAGAGGCUGUGGGAGCUGAUAUGCACAAGGCAGUGGGCAAACACCGGGUGCGGGGAGCAACAGCUAAGAUCUGUGGUCCUCGCUCUCGGAGGCUUCCGUCGCCUCUACGCGCUCUACCUCUGGCCACUCUCCAAGCCCCACGCGCCUUCCACCUCUUGGCCCGCAAUCCCGCACGUGCUCAGGUCCAAACCACGUUGGGGCAAAGACGAGGUUCAUCUCUCCCUCUCCCUCCUCUCCAUUCGAUUCUACGAGAAGAUGAAUUCUCGUAAAGCCAAAAACACAUGACUCUCCUAUGUUUUUCUUGUUCUAUUUCCUUUGCUUUGGUUUCUGCAACUUUUUUUUUUAAUUUCGGUUGCCAGAUCUGAAAUUUUAAUUAAGUAUUAACGCAAUUAAGCUAAGCUGGUUGUGUGAUUUGAGAAAUGAAUUAUCAUAUUUAUGGUGUAUUGCUACAGUUUGUAAAACGUUGGAUCGAUUGAUCAAAUUAAAUGACCAUGUGUGGAUGUGUAUGUGUUGUGAUUGAA